GUUUUUUUAUCUGAGUCGUAUUUUCGAGUCACGUUGUUCAAGUUUUCGCGUCUGCGAACAUAACCUGGAAAUAGCGUGUAAACAGAGGAAAUAAGACCGGUUUAAUGAAUAAUAAUAUAUUUUUAAUAUAAGAUUUAGCUACUUUGAGAAUAAAGCAUUUUUUCUUGUUGUAUUAAUCUAGCCCAAUUUUGUUUAGAACUGUUAAAUCAUAAUAAAUAUUUCCGUAAUUGUCGAAAGAUUUCUGACUAAAUUCGACAGAAAAUAAAAAAAAAGAACCCAAUUAUUGAAAAAUUGGUAGAUUCAUUUUACUUACCACUAAAAAAUAGUCUUUACGAUACCUAUACUUUUUACGAAUCAUCUUUCAUAUCCGCCGUAGUUGACUUUUGAAAUUUUUCUUUUUGAUUCACUGUCUAAUCUAACAUUUCAUUCAUUAAUUUUAAUCAUCCCAAUAGAAGUUGACCUUCCAAUGGAUUCUUGCUCUGGAUCGAAUUUACAGUCACUUUCAAACGUCGAUACUAAAUCUUUUAUUACAUCGGACCGUAUACAUAAAUCUAAACAAAGAUUGCCGUAUGUUGCUACAGCAAAAGAAUCAAGUGCUUCUGCUAGAGAAUACCAGCUAUUACGAGAAUCUGUAAAUUCGCCUGGACGGAUAAAUACUUCUCAUACGCCUUUGUCUUCACAAAGAAACGCACAUUAUUUUAAAAAGGACUCGCCAUGGGUAGAUGAGUUCAACAGCAUGCAAGACACUAAGCAACAAACAUAUACCCCCAACACAGAGGGUCAGGCAUCGUGGCGUCCAAUGCCUUAUCCCAAUUUUACUUCUGAAAAUUUUCGGUCAAAUGGUUUCUCAUCAUCUGUUAGUGAAUACCAAUCUCCUGCGUCCCAUCUUCAAAAUAUGGAAUUUGAUCGGCUAUCUGAAUUCGAUGAUUCAUACUUUCAAUCAGCUUUUCAACAAGCACAACAUUCUUUACAAGAAAUGGAAUCAAAAAAAAAUGCACCAACUUACGACGCGAGCGAUUCAUCAGUAAACUUGACUUCUGGCUUAACAGCACUGGGUGCUACUGACGACGAUGCCUAUGAUCCUGAUUAUAAAGAUUUGUGAUAAUUUCCCUAUUGAGUACUUACAUUUUGACAUGGUGCUUCUAUAAUCAGGUCUUAGAUUUCUCAUGUGUAUAUGCACAUGUCUUUGAACAUUCAUCAGAUUCAAUUGGUCUCUACUGUGUAAUAGUUCUAAUAUUUUUUUGUUAUAUUUAUUAAGAUAAUAUAUUCUCUUUUUCCUGUC